UUCCGCGUUUCUCUUGCGUCACGCGCACGGACGUCGCCACCAGACGGGCAGUUGGCGUACGAUAACAAUAAACAACCCUGAAGCGAGCGCUACGCACCAGCUGGACUUAUCUGCGCGAGUCGACACGAGCGUGCCGUGAACAUGAACCGAAACGCCUGCCGACCGUUGGAGUAGCGUUCAGUCAAGUGACGUGGGCGGCUCGUCGGUCCUGACACACCGGGUUUAUCAGUUUUUGUGUAGCCUAGAGAGGAACUAGUUACGGUUUUCCCCUUCCUUAGCCCCUCGCAGCUAGCUGUGGCUCAUUCCUUGUUUUGAACGCUGCUCGCCUGGUCUGUUAUGCAGUUGCCAGAGGACUGUUCUCGCACUCGUUCUCCUCCGCCGCCUCUUCGCUCCCUCUCCCCACUCUCUCUGGCCCUAUGUCUCGCUGGCUUUUCCCCUGGUCGGUCUCAAUCAAGAAGCGGGCCUGUCGGUACCUCUUGCAGCACUACCUCGGUCACUUUUUGCAGGAGCGACUGAGCCUGGACCAGCUGGGCUUGGACCUGUACAACGGCAGCGGUGUCAUCAAGGAAAUCAACCUCGAUGUCUGGGCAGUCAAUGAGCUGCUGGAGUCCCUGGGGGCUCCUCUGGAGAUAGUGGACGGCUUUGUGAGCGGUAUAAAGGUGACCAUCCCCUGGCAAGCUCUUCUGACUGAUCACUGCACCUUAGAGGUGUCUGGUCUUCAAAUAACAUGUCGGCCCAAGUAUCGGACCAGUGGGGGUUGGGACUCCCAAGGCUGGUCUUCAAGUAUGACCUCAAGCAUGCAACUGGCUCAGGAGUGCCUGAAGGACCCCCCAGAGGCAUCUGAGGAGCCACCUGCCCCCCUGGAGGGGCUCGAGAUGUUUGCACAAACCAUUGAGACAGUUCUUCGCCGUAUUAAAGUCACCUUUAUAGACACCAUCAUCCGCAUCGAACACCAGCCCCUGGAUCUGGAGACAGGUGUUGCCUUAGAGGUUCACAUCAAACGGAUUGAAUACUUUGAUGAGGCAGUACGAGAUCCAGCCAGUCAGACUGCAGUGCCUGUUGAUAUCCACCAGCCACCCGCCUUUCUGCACAAGAUUCUCCAGCUAAGCGCUGUUCAGCUGUUCUAUGACAACAUUGGUAUUGUACAGGGUUCUCCUGAGAAGGAGCACCCAGAUUCAGCCACUGCUAGUGAAGAAGAGGAUGAGGAGGAAGAGGAAGGGGCAAAGCCACAAACCGCCCCUACAUUUCCUCAGUCUCAGCCACUGCUAAUAGGAACCUGCUCUGGCUUUAUUGAGACCACCGUAAAGAUCAAACAGAACGACACGCUACCUGGGCCAAAGUUGGAGUUGGAUGGUAAGGUGGGCUGUGUUCACAUGCUGCUUUCUCCAGAUCAGAUAACCCACCUGACAGACUUGCUCUCAGCUCUCUGCAUAGACACCGAGCCAGAGGGUAAGUGUGGCAGAGUACACAGCCGCCCGUUGGACUCAGAUGACCUGCGAAUGAUUGAAGAUGACCUCAGUAAGCAGCUGGGUUCCAGUCCUAGAGGCAGAGAGUGGGAGGCAGAUGAACUGGAGCCCUAUGAUACCAGCCUUGAAAAUGGAGAAAUGUUCUACUCCAUGGGUCCUGUUGGAAUGAGUAGUAGUGUGACGUCUGUGCGCUCUGGCAGCGAACUGUCAGACAGCGAUAUAGAGUCCUCUACACACAGUCUCAACAGCCUCACACAGCCUGCAACGCAAGGUCAACCUGGCAUAGGGGGCUGUCCCAGGAGAUAUCCUGUAGCUGGCUGCCUGUCAAGUCUACCACACGCCAGCAUUCGGACCAGAGGGCGUUCACACAGUGGCCUGGCAGAGCAGCUGAAGCCUGAUGCCGUGCUGCGUCUCACGUUUGGUGGGCUCACUCUAACGCUGCUGCAGGAGGACCCGCGCUCUGGGCCUGACGCAGCCUCGUCGCUGGCACGGGUAUCUCAGGUGUUCUUUCAGGAGCUGGCCUUCUUCAAAGACAGCAUGUUUAGCGGGAGGGACUUCAGCAAUCUAAGAUGUGGCUUCGCAAAGGCCUGCCCACACCCACAUCUCAGACUGACUGGAGCGGCAGUGCAGGUUGCUUGUGAGAUGCGGAGCGGGCGGCGCCAGUGUCGAGCCAUGACAUGUGACCUCUCCUUCAGCAGACUCGAGCUGCUGGAGUGCCUCUGGGAGGACGAAAGGCCAGAGUACAGCGAGUUACUACAGUUCCAGAAAGCAGGGCUGUUCACAAUUGGAACUGCAGCCAGACCUUGUGCCCAAGUACAUUACCACCUCAGUGAAAAGAACCUGCGUAAGGGUAAACAGCGUGUUACACGGCGGGACAGUGUGGUGCGGGUGGAGCUGGCAGAGUUGACAGCCGAGCUGGACCUUGACAUCCUCAGUCGUCUGGGAAGCCUAAGCAAAGCCUUUAGCCACUGUCCCACACACACAGCUGGACCUAGACAUGCACAGAUCCAGAGCACUGAGCUCUACUCCUCCUUCUCCCUCCUCUCACCUCAUGCCGUCCUUAGGCUUCGAUUCCCUAUACCCGAUUUGCGGCCCCUCCCUAAGCGCCGACCUCCAACCCAGAGGGCAGUGCGACAGGAGACCUUGGUGCUGGAGCUAACAGAGCUGGAGCUAAAUCACCAAGAGGCUCCCGACAUCCAGGGUGAACAGAGCACCCCAGGACAGCCAUGGGCUCCAUGCCUCACCCAGCUACUGGAGGCCUCUUUUACCGACCUGCAUGGGUCAUAUGAGGGCUGGGAGGGUGGCUCUUUCCCCUGUAUCAGAGUGAAGAGAAACCAUGAUUCUCUGCCCAGGAUAUCUGUGCGUGUCCGUGGAGGCGAGGCUCAGGGCCCAGCAGCCGGUCUGAGUGGGAUGAACCUGGGCCUCCUCAGGGACCUAGGGGCUGCAUUUUAUGAAAGUCACUGUGAACCCAAUGACAAAACCAGCUCUCCGUUCUCCUCUAACCGCACUAUGUUUGAGACAGAGGAGAUGGUGAUUCCAGCCGAUCCAGAUGAGAUGCAGCAGUUUCAGACGCAGUGUGUUGCUCAGUGUCAGUGUGCUGUGGACAUAACUCUGCCACUGGCCUACAUCCUCCUGCCCAAUAAACAGGCCUUCCAGAGUAUCUACAAUAGGAUCAAUAAUGAUCUGUUGAUGUGGGAGCCACCACCACCUCCUCCCUCCUCAGCCCGCAGCCCUGACCACAGCCGCUAUCAUCACGAUGAGUUUCAGCUAUGCAAGUCUGCUUUUAGAUUGGACUCAGAUUCAGAAGAUGAUGAUCCUAGGUUUUACUUGGCCAGUGACUCAUCUGGAAGGACACAGCAGUCAGCUCCUGUUCCCAGCCACAACCUCAGCCUUCUCUCCCUCACUGUGAUGAUAAGCAAAGGACGUCUCCAAGCUAGAACAGACAAGAAGGAGGAUGAAAGUCAUGGGGAAAUUGUACUCGACCUAGAAGGGGGAAAGAUAUUUAGUGUGGCACAGCAUCAGAAUGACCCGAACCUCAAUUUCCUGUGUGUGGAGAGUCGACGAGUUGAGCUCUACCAUCAAGCGGUCUUAAAAGACACCCCUAUUCCAUCACGGUUGGAGAUGCCCAACUUCUCUCCCCCAAAGCACUUGGACCCAACCAUCUACCCAACAGAGGUGGGAGUGAGCAGUGUGAGUGGUAGGGAGUCAGAGCUGCAGAUGUUGUCCACAGCCAUCAAAAUCACACUGGACCUUCAGAGGAAUGUCAAGGAGUUUGUAGUUGCCCUUCGACUUCAGGGUGCCACCAUGCGCCAUUACAUGACGCAGACUAAUCACAGUUGGCACGAGCAGCUGGUUGACUUCUUAGAUGUCAUUGAUGACCCUAUUCUGGGUUACACAGCACCUGCAGUCAUCACUGUGCUCCACACACACCUUGCUACCUGUGCUGUCGACUACAGACCACUUUAUCUUCCACUGCGAGUGCUCUUCACAGCAGAAUCCUUCUCUUUGUCUAGUAAUAUCAUUGUCGACACUGCCACCUUCCACCUCAGAUUCAUCUUGGAUGACUCUGCUCUCUACCUGUCUGACAAAUGUGAAUCUGAAACUGUGGACCUGAGGAGAGAUUAUGUGUGUGUCCUGGACAUUGACCUGCUGGAGCUCGCCAUCACCACUUGGAAAGGCAGUGAUACGGGCAAACUGUCUCAGCCUCUUUUUGAGCUGCGUUGCUCCAACAAUGUGGUUCACCUUCACACCUGUACUGAUUCCUGUGCUGCCCUGGUUAAUCUGCUGCAGUACCUGGUCUCCCAGGGGGACCUGCACCCCCCACCCAAGCACACCUCUCCCACUGAGAUCGCUGGCCAGAAAUUACCACUGUCAGAAAGUCCUGCCUCUGUGGUGCCCUGCCCUCCAGCUGAAACUGCUGAGAUCAACCAGUACGACUUGGCCGAUGCCUUAAUUGACACAGACAAGAGCCACAGUGAAGAGAGUAUAGAUCCAGGUUCACCCUCCAUGCUAAGAGGCUCACCUGUUUCUGUCUACCUGUUCCCUGGUGAGGCCUCAAAGCACAACCCCUCUCUUCUGCAAGGAGAGGACUCAGAACUUGAUGGACUUAUAGCUACAGCAACAGAGGCCCAGGCAGAUAUGACAUCAGACGAAGGCUCAGAGGGCUCCACGGACAACGAUGACUUCUGCAUCCUAGAGGCUCCUGGCAUGGGCAUCCCUCCGAGGGAUGGAGAGCCUGUGGUGACGGUGCUGUCCCAGGAGCCCAUCAGGUUGAAGGACAACCACUUCUCAAGGCCUCGUGGCAGCUCAGACUUGCUCAGAGCCCCCAGCCGCUUCCCUGUUCCCCAAAGCAGGGUGGUGCUGCGGGAGAUCUCUGUAGUCUGGCAUCUCUAUGGAGGCAAAGACUUUGGUGGAAAGCCUAUGUCCAUACAUGCACAGCAAGCAAACAGAGGUCGUUCAGUCCAUGCUGGUGUUCGUAGCUCUCCAUCUCGCUCCGCCGCCUCCUCUCGCCCCCAGAAUUCCUGGCGCUGGGCUGGAGGUAGUGGACGCCAGCAUUCACUGCUGAUGGAGAUCCAGCUCACCAAGGUGUCCUUCCAGCAUGAGUCCUACCCAGUGGCAGUAGCAGGGCAGGAUGGGGAUGGAACAAUGGCAGCUGGGAUUGGGGCUGGUCCUGGUGGCGAGCAACCCAUCUCCAGGCAGGUUUUCAUUGUUCAGGAACUUGAGGUUCGAGACCGACUGGCCUCCUCACAAAUCAACAAAUUCCUCUACCUCUACACCAGUGAGAGCAUGCCCCGCCGAGCCCACUCUAACAUGCUGACUGUGAAGGCCCUGCAAGUGUGUCCAGAGUCUGGUCUUGGGGGUCCAGAGUGCUGUCUUCGUGUCAGUCUGUUGCCACUACGACUUAACAUUGACCAGGAUGCACUGUUUUUCUUGAAGGAUUUCUUCAGUAGUUUAGCUUCCUCUGUGAACCCUUACCUGCCUGUGGACCCUGCGACUGAGGUCAAAGCAGAUCCCUCCCAGAAGAGGUCUGAGGAGGUGGACGCUGCUGCUGGUCUGGGGCCUGACCUCACCACUUCUGUGGAAACCACUUACAGCGAGCAGAGCUCCUCAUCUGCUGGCUCCUCUUCCUCCUCUGACCAGCCAAUCUACUUCCGGGAAUUUCGUUUCACCUCUGAAGUGCCUAUCUGGCUGGACUAUCACGGCAAACACGUGGUCAUUGAACAGGGAACAUUUGCAGGGAUUCUGAUUGGUCUUGCCCAGUUAAACUGUUCUGAGUUGAAGCUAAAGAGGCUCUGUUGCCGACAUGGUCUCCUUGGUGUUGACAAAGUGAUCCAGUUCGCUGUCACAGAAUGGCUGACAGACAUCAGGAAGAAUCAGCUGCCAGGCAUUUUGGGUGGUGUUGGCCCCAUGCACUCUGUUGUUCAGCUGUUCCAUGGAGUGAGGGAUUUGUUCUGGUUGCCUAUAGAACAGUACAGGAAAGAUGGACGUAUUAUUAGAGGUCUCCAGAGGGGGGCAGCAUCCUUCGGCACCUCCACAGCAUCAGCUGCCUUGGAGCUCAGCAACAGGCUGGUGCAGGCCAUACAGGCUACAGCAGAGACAGUGUACGACAUCCUUUCCCCAACGCCUCCAUUGAACCGAUAUGCCAUUACGGAGGGUAGGGCCCCCUCCACUCGGCCCCGGAGAGCUGCCCAGCCUGCAGACCUCAGAGAAGGUGUGGCCAAGGCCUAUGACACUGUCAGAGAGGGAGUGAUUGACACAGCUCAGACUCUGUGCGAUGUAGCAUCUCGCGGCCAUGAACAGAAGGGUCUGCCUGGUGCUGUGGGCGGUGUCCUGCGGCAGAUCCCACCCACCGUAGUCCGACCACUGAUAGUGGCGUCUGAGGCCACAUCCAAUCUGCUCGGUGGCAUGCGAAACCAGAUCAAACCAGAUGCCCGGAAGGAAGAUUUUCUAAAGUGGCGCACAGAGGACAACCAAGAAUGAUAGAUGACAGCUUUUUGUAUCUGUGUGUGAAAAAAUGAGUGUAAGAUUAUGAUUUGGGACAGUCUCAUCUGAGGGAGUGAAUCCAGAAAUGAAUGUGUAGUUUCUUGCGUGUAUGGACUAAUGAGUCAGUGUGUGCUUCGAUUCAAAAACAAAGCAGUGACUAACUACUACUGCAGUUACUGACACCAAGUGUUAGGUGGCUCCAUCUUACAUGGAUCUACCAGAUUUAUUUUUUCUGUUUUGAAUUUAAAUCUCCUCCUAUUCCUCAAAUGAGUAAUACACUAGUCUACAGAUUCUCUUUACAGCCUGUGCAAACAUAUCACUCUGAUCUGGCUCCUUUUUCAGCCCAACCGCUAGCAUGUAGGAUUACCAGUGUUCCUAUCACCUCUUCACAAAGGAAAUUGUGUCAUAGCAACGCUUGACAUAAAAGAACAACAUUACAAUGUGAUCAUAGUGUUUAGGGGUUUUGCCUUGAUGCAAAAAUUUCAUUUUCUCAUCAGCCAUGGAAUCUAUGGCAGAAACCCCUGUAUUUCUAUUCCUAUAAAGCCAUUCCUAGCUAGCAACACCAGAGAGGCUUUCUAGGGGCUGAAUUGUGUAUCAGCUCAUCUUUUCUAGGUGCAAUGUGAUGGACUGAUAGGUAGGGUGACCUCAGCUUUGUUGUACUCGCUUGCAGAGAUCCUCUAGUGAAGACAGGAACAGUGUUUUUGUGAAGUGUCCUUUGGUAACACCUUAAGGUUUUGGCCGAUGGUUUUCACUUUGACUGGUUGCCGCCUCGCUGUGGGAUUGAUUCGGCUUUGGCGCUACUAUGCACCUGCUUUUCUCUGUGCUGUUAUUUGUGCCAUAAACUUUGCAGUGCAACCUUUUAACUAGUUUGUAUUGCCCUUCUCAAUCCUUUACCCCCUGUGCUACAAUGAUAAUACAUCCAGGCUUAUAUUGAUACAUACCUAAAAUGAAAGCCAGAUAAUUUAAAGCCCCUAGUUCUGUAGCACGUUAGAUUCUUUUAAAGCUUCACGUCUGACUUGAACUAUUCAUUGUUUCACAACAGAUGUCAGUCAUUCAGUCAUAGGUUCUUCUGUCUGCUUCACUUAUUGUUUGUUUCUUAUUUCUCUGUCUUUAAUUGCCUUUCCUGCAUUUAUCUUGUCUCAUUUGUUUUUGUAUUUUGUUAAAACAAAAGUAUUGUUGUACUCGUUUCCAUAAUAAGCGACUAUGUGAACCUGGUGACAAUGAGGACGAAUCGUUUUGUGGUUUGAAGGGUUUUACAUUUUUAUGUUUUUUUUUUUUGGAAGGGACACGUGUCCCUUUGUGUGCAAGUGAAAGAGAUUGUGUGUUUCAGUGCGCGCAUGAUGCAUGUUUGUGAGGGUGACAGGUUGUUACACCUCAUGUGUAAUUACUAUUUACUAUAUCCUAAACUGUAUGAAUGACCUGUAUAAUACAAAGAAAACCGAUAUACAAAAUUAAUACAAAAUUGUACAAAAAAUACAAUACAAAAAAAUACAAAAAUUAAAAAAUUGAGUAUAAAAACUGAA